AAUUGUUCAGACAUUACCAAUUUACAAAAAGGCACUCAUGUCGUCAUCAUAUUGUUGCACGCUUGAAGACGUGACGUCAGCUAUGACGAGAAUACGUCCCUACGUAGACAAAACCCCCAUGAUGACAUCAUCCACAUUAAACAAAAUGUCAGGACAUAAAAUAUUUCUUAAAACGGAAAAUUUUCAGAAAACAGGGUCAUUCAAGAUAAGAGGCGCAACAAAUGCAGUGCUCAAAAUCAAACAGGAUUUACCAGACGUGAACUGUGUGGUGUGUGACAGCAGUGGGAACCACGGCCAAGCUCUCGCACGAGCGGCUCAGACAUCGGGACUCAAAUGUUAUGUAGUGAUGCCAGAAAACUCGCCAAAAUGCAAAAUUGACGCCGUGAAAGGGUAUGGGGCCAACGUUGUUCUCUGCGAAGCCUCGGAAGAAGCUCGAAAAAGGGGCGCCGAUGACGUCAUCAAACAACAUGGCGGCGUGUACGUCAGUUCCAGUCAAACUUUUGAUGUUAUAAGAGGCCAGGGCACGUUGGGCCUUGAAAUUAUAGAACAAAAUCCGGAAUGUGAUGUCAUAGUGGCUGCUGUCGCCGGUGGAGGAAUGAUAUCUGGCAUCGCUACUGCAGUGAAGGGCGUUAACUCAAGCGUGAAGGUCAUCGCCGCUGAACCGGAACUUGCAAACGAUUGUUAUAUUUCUAAAAAGACGGGAGUUUUAACCCCAAACCCAACUUUUCCGAAUACAAUUGCCGACGGUGUGAAAGUCAGUGUAGGUGAAAACACUUGGCCAAUGAUCCGUGACCUCAUUGAUGACGUCAUAACCGUUUCUGAAGACGAAAUAAAACAUGCCACACUGCUUGUUUGGGAAAGGUGCAAAUUGGUUAUUGAACCGACAGCAGGGGUUGCUGUAGCCGCUGUCCUUUCUGAAAAUUUUAACAAAACUUUGUCGAAACUCUUCCCAAAUUCGGAACCUAAGAAUGUAACAGUGGUUCUAUGCGGCGGGAAUGUAGACUUCGGUGUCUUACCGGAAUUGUUAAACUGUGCGCAGGACUUAGGAUAACGUCCAUGACUUCAAUAGAAGGAAAACUCAGGAGAUUCCGACUCCACGAAGUCACACGGUAUGACGUCAUAACACCCGAGGGAUCAAUGGAGAGUUACUUAAUAUUAUAUAUUGCUAUAUCCAAUGCAAAAUCAUUAUUUAAAUAAGUAAAUGAUACUUUUUAACCAAACUUGCCCCAGACUCAGAACCUUUAAAAUUGUAACACAUUUAUUACUUUGUAAAUUAUCGAAUAUGCACCGAAUUCAUUUUGACUGUAAACCUAGGAGAAUCACAGAUACUUUUUUACCUGCCUAAAAAUGAUCUCAUAUUCUCGAGACAAUGGAAUCAUCGAUAUUCCCACGAAAUCUAUACCAUUCCAAUCUAUUUUACAAUAUAUUUACAAUGCAUUUGACUUUAAUUAAUUACCGCGCCGAUGGUAUAAACCGGAAAUAAUAAUAAUCUUGCCCAACCAAAAUUUCUCCUAUCAAAAACGAAACAAACAAGUCUUUGAUUGGUCGAAAAAGAACCUUCUUUCCGCAAAAGUAAGAAAUAAAGAUAGAGGAUUUAAACGAAGUAAUCUCAAACGCCUUAAAUAGAAUAACUUAACCCAAAAUAAAAUAAAAAGUAACGUAGGGGGAGAGGGAAGAACACGCAACAAUCCCAUUAAGGUAUCGUUCUAUACUUUAUGCUAUAUGUCGUAUCUUGUACUUUCUACACUUCGAUUGUUGUGUUAUCGUGUGGUUAUUUAAACGGAGCAAUAAAAUCUUGAAAGAUUGUGAAAA